GUGGGGGCCCCCCCCCCUCGGAUUUGGGGCUAUAAAAGUCCCGGCGCCGUGGGCUCCGCAUCCAGCCCGGCACCGUCAUCACCGUCACCAUGUCCUUCGUCCCCGCGCCCGGCUACCGGCCCGCGUACAACCCGCCACUGCCCUACGUGGCCUCUGUGAUGGGGGGGCUCUGGCCCGGCAUGGCCGUUUACGUGCAGGGGGUCGUGUCCCCCAACGCCGACAGGUUCCACGUGAACCUGGCGAGUGGGGCAGGGGGGGGGGCCGACCUGGCGCUGCACUUGAACCCCCGUUUUGGGACGGAGGGGCAGGCGGUGCUGAACAGCUGCCAUGGGGGGGAGUGGGGGCCGGAGCAGUGCCACGACCUCCAGCCCUUCACGCCUGGGACCCCCUUCGAGAUCGUCAUCACCGUCACCCCCCACGCCUACCGGAUCCUGGUGAACGGCAGCCACUUCGAUGAAUUCCUCCACCGGCUGCCGGCGGAGCAGGUGACGGCCGUCACCGUCGACGGGGACCUGGAGCUGCACGCCGUCACCGUCCUGGGUGGUGGGGGGCCGUAUCUUCCCACCAUGCUGGACAUGCCGCAGACCAUCCCCUACUAUCAUAGCAACCUGCCGGUGAUGGUGCAGCCGCCCACCCUCCACCCGCCUGUGCCCUUCGUGGCCACCAUCCCGGGGGGGCUCAUCCCCAAGAAAACCAUCGUGGUGAAGGGCUACAUCCCCCCUGACGCCGUAAGGUUCCACAUCAACCUGCGGGCAGGUCCCGGGGGGGACGUGCUGCUGCACUUGAACCCGCGCCUGGAGGAGGGGGUGGUGGUGCGCAACAGCCUGCUGGGGGGGGUCUGGGGGUCCGAGGAGCAGGACCUGCCCCACAACCCCUUCCAGCGCGGCCGAUACUUCGACCUCUCCAUCCGCUGCGGGAACUAUCGCUUCAAGGUGUUCGCCGAGGGGCAGCCGCUCUGCAACUUCUCCCACCGCCUGCCCCCGGGACCCCACGUCGACACGCUGGAGGUGGAGGGCGACGUCGUCCUCUCCUACGUCCACUUCUGAGCCCCACAGCCGGCCCCAUAGCCCGGCUCACGGCCUGCCCCAUGGCCUGCCCCAUAGCCCAUUCUCCAGCCCCCCCCCCAACCCCACGGGUGCCGGCCGGGGCCGUCGGUGCCACCGUCACCACCCAGCGCUG